UAUAAUAUACAUAAUUACAUAUAGACUGGAAAGCUGAGUUGAAAAUCAAAGACAUUCAGCAAAGACGAGUAGAGAGUGAGAGUUUUGAUGGCUGCCAGGAGAUUAUCGCUUUUGCUUUCACGCACUGCUUCAUCUAAUCCAUUUCUUAGAGGUAACAAUUCUAGGCUGACCAGAGGAGCCUUUAGUUAUAGCACCUCCGCUGCUAUUGAGGAACCACUUACUCCAUCUGUCAAAGUAGAUUAUACUCAGCUUUUAAUUAAUGGAAAAUUUGUUGAUUCAGCAUCAGGCAAAACUUUUCCCACUUUGGACCCUAGAACUGGUAAUGUGAUUGCCCAUGUUGCCGAAGGUGAUUCUGAAGAUGUAGACCGAGCAGUCGCUGCUGCUCGCAAGGCAUUUGAUGAAGGACCAUGGCCCAAGAUGACUGCUUAUGAAAGAUCAAGGAUACUUCUGCGCUUUGCUGAUUUGCUUGAAAAACAUAACGAUGAAGUUGCAACACUUGAGACUUGGGAUAAUGGAAAGCCAUAUGAACAGGCUGCCAAAAUUGAAAUACCAAUGGUUGUGCGUUUCUUCCGGUAUUAUGCUGGUUGGGCAGAUAAGAUUCACGGUCUCACAGUUCCAGCUGAUGGAGAGCACCAUGUGCAAAUCUUACACGAACCAUUUGGUGUUGCUGGACAGAUUAUACCAUGGAACUUUCCACUUCUCAUGUUUGCUUGGAAGGUUGCACCUGCAUUAGCAUGUGGGAACACUAUUGUUCUUAAGACAGCAGAGCAGACUCCUCUCUCUGCCCUCUAUGUUGCAAAGCUAUUUCUUGAGGCUGGACUUCCUCCAGGUGUUCUAAAUAUAAUUUCUGGGUUCGGCCCAACUGCUGGUGCAGCUCUUUCUAGUCAUAUGGAUGUGGAUAAGCUUGCUUUCACUGGAUCAACUGAGACUGGAAAAAUUGUGCUUCAAUUGGCAGCAAAAAGCAAUCUUAAGCCAGUAACUUUGGAGCUUGGAGGGAAAUCUCCUUUUAUCGUAUGUGAAGAUGCAGAUGUAGAGAAGGCAGCUGAGUUGGCGCACUUUGCUUUAUUCUUUAAUCAGGGACAAUGCUGCUGCGCAGGUUCUCGUACUUUUGUACAUGAGCGAAUAUAUGAUCAAUUUCUGGAGAAAGCUAAGGCACUUGCAGUGAACCGUGUUGUUGGUGAUCCAUUCAAGGCAGGAAUUCAACAAGGACCUCAGAUUGAUACAGAACAAUUUGAGAAGAUCCUGAGAUACAUAAGAUUAGGUGUUGAUAGCGGAGCAACCCUUGAAACUGGGGGUGAGAGAUUUGGCAGCACGGGCUACUAUGUUCAGCCUACUGUUUUCUCAAAUGUUCAGGAUGACAUGUUGAUAGCGAAAGAGGAGAUAUUUGGUCCAGUGCAAUCCAUCUUGAAAUUCAAGGACCUUGGUGACGUUGUCCGAAGGGCAAACACAACCCGCUAUGGAUUGGCUGCAGGGGUGUUCACCCAGAACAUAGACACUGCCAACACCUUGACGCGUGCAUUGCGAGCUGGAACUGUAUGGGUAAACUGCUUUGAUGUGUUUGAUGCUGCAAUUCCUUUUGGUGGAUACAAGAUGAGCGGACAAGGAAGAGAAAAGGGUAUUUAUGGUCUAAACAGUUACUUGCAAGUGAAGGCUGUUGUUACUCCCCUCAAGAAUCCAGCAUGGAUUUAAACCUUUCUCAUGCCUCUUCUUCUUCUUCUUCUCCAAAGCCAAGAAUAAAUAGAACUUUGAGAAAUUUAGGUUCCUUUGCAUAAUAAUAAUAAUUAUGGUGGUUAUGCUGAUGAAAA